AGAGGAUGAAUACACUCACUGGUUACUGGUACAAGCUACCGGUGCCAAGUGAUUAAUGGCUGGGAGUGGCAGGGGGUACUGGGCAAAUAAAUGUCAUUUUCGCUGCUCUCGCUAGCCUGAUCAGUGAUCACCCUAGUCGCUUUCCACCGCCUAAACGAUUAUAUAUCAUCGGCAAAUGGUGCUUGCACGCAGGAUCAAUUAACCUUCACCGGCAGUCGUACUUCUCUGGCAGAUUUAAGGCCAGGCUGCUUGCUCAUACUAAUCAACAUGUUUCCCUCGUUAGCUCUUGGUUUUCUCCUGGCCGGGAUUGCUGCAGUCACUGCAGCCAAAAGUAGCAGCUGCAUCGGUACAAUCUCGUCUUUGGACGACGUUAGCAAUGCCAUCGAAUGCACGACAGUGAAUAUCAAUGCGUUUACCGUCCCUGGUGGAAAAACAUUCAAACUGAAACUGCUGGACGGUACCACUGUCAACGUUUUGGGCGAAAUUCAGUUCGGGAACUUUAGCUGGGCCGGUCCCCUAUUCCAGGUCAGCGGGAAUGAUAUUACUUUUAAUGGAAACAACAAGAAGUGGGAUGGUGGAGGGCCUUUCUACUGGGAUGGUCAAGGCACAAAUAGCGGCACACAAAAACCACACCCGAUGAUGCAAAUAUCGAUCUCGGGCACCUUGAACGAGGUUUAUGUUUUAAACUCUCCCGCCCAUGCCUUUGCGAUCACAAAUCCAGGACCACUUACUAUCUCUGGUGUCACCGUCAAUGAUUCACUGGGUAACUUUCCUAACUCGAAAAGCGGAAAUCGCGCUGCUGCACACAACACCGACGGCUUUGAUGUUAGCGGUAGUAAUAUAAUCAUCAAACAUAGCACUGUCAUCAAUCAGGAUGAUUGUUUGGCCAUCAACAGGGGAACAAAUAUCACUUUUGCCGACAACUACUGUGAAACCGGUCACGGUAUAUCCAUAGGCUCCAUCUCGUCAGAUUCCGUUGUCUCUAAUAUUGAAAUUUCCGGAAACCAUGUUGUUAGCAGCAUGUUCUCGUUCCGUAUCAAGACCGACGCAUCUGCAACAAACAGUGCAGUACGGAAUGUUACAUAUAGCGACAAUGUUGCGACCAAUUGUACUGAUUUCGGCGUUUUGAUUACACAAAGCUAUCCCUCCAACCUGGGCACCCCGGGCAACGGAGUCACCAUCUCUGAUAUCAACUUUCACCAUGGCACCACUUCCUUGACGGCCGCCAGCGGUGCUUACAGGGUUGCAGUGAACUGUGGAAGUGGAUCGUGUACAGGUGACUGGGAUUGGUCUGGUUUGAAGACAAGUGGUGGAAAAGUCGGCUCCAUCCUUAACAAUCAUGUCAUCUCUGGAAUGACUUACUAGUGAAGUGACCCACCGUGUGUUGACAUAUUGACUGGCUGGCCAUUACUUCUCCUGUCGUUACUUCUUGGAAGCUAGUAUAUAGUGAUUCAUCAUUGUCAUUCGACGUCGACUACAAUCCGUAAUGUCCUGCACUCGUGUUUUCCCUCAGCGUUUAUUCCCACUCGCUGAGGUAUUUUUUAUUCUUGUAGCUCAUACCCAGACUCAUAUUGACUUCGACUAGCUAGACUUAUUCGUUGUUCUAGGUACAUCGAAUUGAUAGCGUUUCUUCCCACUCGCCAAGACUCACAGUUUCACUCA